UUUUCUGCUCUCUUCUGGAUAAAGGGAAGGCCAAGCCCCACCUCUUUCGCUUCCAUUUUCCACCCCCAGACAAUAAAUAUACUUGGUCACUUAUCUCUAUAAAGUUGCGCUCGUGUUUCCCCUAAAAAAAGGGUUGCGCUCGUGCUCGAUUCCGAGGAACGGCCGUUGCUGUUGGCGCCAAGACUUACCUUCUGAUAUGAUCUUCUGCACAUUGAUGGCAAUGGAGGGACCAAUUCUUUGUCGCCCUAUAAUGCAAGCAAGGCUUCCUGCUGCCCUUGUCAACAACUCAUUGAUCAAAUCUGGGCAGCUUGGCACUGCAUUCUUGGGUGCUGUGUCUAAAUACCGCAACAUUACUAGACUAGUUUCUCCAAUCUCUCAGUCAUCUUCAAAGAACUUUGGUCCUAUUUGUCGUAGCUUCAGCUCCUCAUCUGAUGGUAAUGGAUACAUGGCUGGAAACUUCAAUGAGAAUGAUGAAGAUUAUGUUAAUUCCACUGUGCUUGAAGCUGUUGAGGUCAGAAGUGGAUCAGAAGGAUAUAUAGUAAAGAUGCGAGAUGGGAAAAACCUGCGGUGUGUGCAUAAUAAUUCUCAAGGGAGAGAGAUUCCAGAGAGUGCACCACAACCUGCUAUCGUUUUGAGAAUUGAAGAUGGAAGUGGAACUUUACUUCCAAUCAUUGUUUUGGAGAUGCCAAGUGUACUUCUGAUGGCUGCUAUUCGCCAUGUUCAUAUUGCAAGACCUACCAUAUAUCAAGUUGUUAAGGAACUGAUCGAUAAGAUGGGCUAUGAGGUAAAACUUGUUCGGGUAAACAAAAGAAUUCAAGAAGCAUACUGUGCCGAGCUUUAUCUAACAAAGAUUGGAGAUCAAACAGAGAGUAUAACAUUUGAUCUUCGGCCUUCGGAUGCUAUCAAUAUUGCUGUUCGCUGCAAGGUUCCUAUACAAGUACAUAGGAGUCUUGCAUACAGCGACGGCAUAAGAUCAGUCGAGCCAGCAAAAUUGGUGGCUGCAGGUGGCCUUUCAGAUGGUUUAUUGUUUACUGAACUUGACAGACCUGAUGGAGAGGCCUGCGUUGAAGCUCAAGAGUUCAGUUUGGUGCGAAACAUGUUCAUUGCAGUUGUUGAAGAGAGAUACAAAGAUGCAGCAACAUGGAAGGACAAACUAAUGAGGCUGAGAUCUAAGCGGAAGAACUGGGCCUGAAAGGUUCUUAACUCGGUACUCUAUUUGUAUCAUAUUGUCGUCCCUUUGUAGACCUGUGAUUACCCCCCGCCCCGCAAUAGACUGGUCACUUUGGACUGUGUAAAUAAAAAAGUGUCCUCAACCUCACUAUGCAAUGGAGAUGAUUGGUCCGUAUGGUUUGAUGUAAUUAGACGUAUAUAUUCCAAGGCCCUGAGAAGUAGCUUCUGUAAAUUCAGACUAAUAUUCAGAAAGUAAGAACUAAUCUAUGUAAGUUCCAUCCUAUUUAUGCAUGUUGGCGCCAAUGGUCAUCUGGGCCCUCAUUGAA